CUCGGCGUCGGCGCGGAGCAUGUCCGCGACCUGGAGGUGUCGGAGGGCGCGCCCGUCGGCACGCGCGUCGGCUACAUCGGCGACGGCGGCGACGUGGCGGGGCCGCCGUACCUGGUGGUGCCCGUGCCGGGCAGCCCCGUCGACGCCGACCUGGCCAUCGACCAGUCGACGGGCGAGAUCCGCACGCGCGUGCGCCUGGACCGCGAGACGCGCGCGUCGUACUCGCUGGUGGCCAUCCCCAACAGCGGCGAGAACGUGCGCGUGGUGGUGCGCGUCCGUGACGAGAACGACAACGCCCCCACCUUCCCCACGCCCGUCAUGAACAUCGAGUUCCCGGAGAACACCCCCCGGGACGUGAAGCGCACGCUGCAGCCCGCCAAGGACCCCGACCUGGGCGCCUUCUCCACGCAGAAGUACUCCAUCGUGUCCGGCAACGUCAACAACGCCUUCAAGCUGAGCUCGCACGAGGAGCGCGACGGCGUGCUGUACCUGGACCUGCAGAUCCACGGCAUCCUGGACCGCGAGACUACCGCCUUCUACAGCCUGCUCAUCGAGGCGGUGGACGGCGGCAGCCCGCCGCUUCGCGGCACCAUGACGGUCAACAUCACCAUCCUGGACGUGAACGACAACCAGCCGCUGUUCAACCAGAGCCGCUACUUCGCGACGGUGCCCGAGAACGCCACGGUGGGCACGGGCGUGCUGCAGGUGUUCGCGACAGACGCGGACGCGGGCGUCAACGGCCAGGUGGAGUACUCCAUCAACCGGCGGCAGUCGGACAAGGGCGCCAUGUUCCGCAUCGACGCUGCCACGGGGCAGAUCGCUGUCAACCGGCCGCUCGACUUCGAGACCAAGCAGGUCCACGAGCUGGUGGUGGUGGCCAGGGACCACGGGCUGCAGCCCCUGGAGACCACGGCCUUCGUGUCCAUCAGCGUGAUCGACGUCAACGACAACCAGCCCACCAUCAACCUCAUCUUCCUGAGCGACGACGCCACCCCUAAGAUCUCCGAGUCCGCGCAGCCGGGCGAGUUCGUGGCGCGCAUCUCGGUGCACGACCCGGACAGCAAGUCGGAGUACUCGCCGACGGAGCACGUGAACGUCACCCUGGAGGGCGGCGACGGCUGCUUCGGCCUCGCCAACCGCGACAACAUCAUCUACCUGGUGAUCGUGGCUCUGCCGCUGGACCGCGAGGCGCGCCCCAACUACACCCUGAGCGUGGUGGCCUCGGACGGCGGCACGCCGCCCCUGCACGCCUCCAGGACCUUCCACCUGCGCGUCACCGACGUCAACGACAACGCGCCCGAGUUCACGCAGCCGGAGUACGCCGCCAGCGUGCUGGAGGUGGCCGAGCCGGGCACAUCCGUGGCGCGCGUCCACGCCACCGAUCGCGACGAGGGCGUCAAUGCCGAGGUCACCUACUCGCUGGCGGAGACCCCCGACUCGCACUCGGGCUGGUUCCAGGUGGACGCCGUCUCGGGCGUGGUCAGCCUGCGCGCGCACGUGGACUGCGAGACAGACCCGCAGCCCAAGCUGCUCGUCGUGGCCACGGACCGCGGCGAGCCGCCCUUGUCCUCCACCGCCACGGUGGUCGUCACCAUCCACGACGUCAACGACAACGAGCCCAUCUUCGACCAGAGCUUCUACAACGUGACCGUCGCCGAGAACGAGGCCCGCGGCUGCUCCAUCCUCAAGGUGUCAGCCACGGACCCCGACUGCGGCGUCAACGCGCUCGUCAACUACACCAUCGGGGAGGACUUCGGCAAGCUCAAGGAGUUCUCCGUGCGCUCGGCUACGGGCGAGAUCUGCAUCGCCGGCGACCUGGACUACGAGACGAGGAAUGUGUACGAGUUUGCCGUUCUCGCCACCGACAGAGGCGGGCUGAGCACCACGGCCAUGGUGAAGAUCCAGCUGACGGACGUGAACGACAACGCCCCGGUGUUCCUGCCGCGCGAGUACAACGUGUCGCUGCGGCACAACACCCCGCCCAACACCCCCGUGGUGGUGGUGGUGGCCACGGACCGGGACACGGGCCGCUUCGGCGAAGUGAGCUACGCCAUCGCGUCGGGCAACGAGGCGGGGGCCUUCCGGGUGGACGGCCGCUCCGGGGAGCUGUUCGUGGCGCGGCCCGACCUGCUGCGCGCCGCGGGGCCCAGCGGCGUCCACCGCCUCAACGUGACCGCCACCGACGGCGGCGGCCUCCGCUCCGCCGUCGACGCGCAGGUGUCCCUCACCGUGGUGGCGUCCUCGGACCAGCGGCCGCCGCUCUUCGAGAGGCCCAGAUACACCUACAGUGUGCGGGAGAACGUGCCCAGGCACUCGGCCGUGGGGACGGUGCGCGCCUCUAGCGGGGAGCCAGGUGGAGUCCGGUACUCGCUGUACCCCGGCGACCCGGACGGCUACUUCAGCAUCGACCCCGUCUCGGGCGGCAUCCGCACGGCCGCCGCCUUGGACCACGAGGCGCACCAGUCCGUGCUGCUCAACGUGCAGGCCACCAGCGGCGACCCGCCGGCCUACGGGCACACGCAGGUCAACAUCAACAUCGAGGACGUGAACGACAACGCCCCGGAGUUCGACUCGCCGACGGUGCGCAUCUCGGUGCCGGAGAACGCGGCGCUGGGCGUGCCGCUGUACGCGGCGCUGGCGCGCGACCGGGACUCGGGCAAGAACGGCGAGGUGAGCUACCGCCUGGGCCCCCAGGCCGCCGCCAGCCCCGCGUCGCGGCCGCAGUUCGCAGUGCACCCGCGCACCGGCCACCUGACGCUCACCACGCCGCUGGACUACGAGGCGGCGCAGCGGCACACGCUGCUGCUGACGGCCACGGACGCCGGCGAGCCCGCGCUGGCCGCCAACCUGACGGUGCUCGUCGAGGUGCAGGACGUCAACGACAACCCGCCCGUCUUCGAGCGGCCCAGCUACGCCGUCAGCAUGCCGGAGGGGCAGCCCGUCAACGCGCAGGUGGUGCAGGUGACGGCGGUGGACCUGGACACGGGCAACAACGCCCGCCUCACGUACCGCCUGCUGGACGACGACGGCGACGUGCCGCUCGCCGUGGCGCCCACCACGGGCUGGCUGUCACUGCGCGCCCCGCUGGACCGCGAGACGCGCGACCGCUACCAGGUCGCCGUCGUGGCGCGGGACUCGGGGACGCCGCCGCUGUCCGCCACCACCACCGUGACCCUCACCGUGCUGGACGACAACGACAACGACCCCGUCUUCGCGCGCGACCUCUACGAGUUCGCCGUGGAGGAGAACGCGGCCCGCGGCACGGUGCUCGGCGUGGUGCGCGCCGCGGACCGCGACCUCGGCCCCAACGCCGCCAUCCGCUACGCGCUCAUCGGCAACAACAGCUUCACCGUCAACCCCGUCACUGGCGAGGUGACGACGAGGACGCCGCUGGACCGCGAGGCCCGCGCCGAGUACGACCUGGUGGCCGAGGCCAAGGACGGCGGCUCGCCGGCCCGCUCCGCUCGGGUGCCCGUCAAGGUGGUGGUGCUGGACGUGAACGACAACGCCCCCGAGCUGGUGGACCCCCAGGACGACGUGCUGAGCGUGCGCGAGGAGCAGCCGCCAGGCACCGAGGUGGGCCACCUGCGCGCCGUGGACCGCGACCUGGGCGCCAACGCCUCCGUCACCUUCUCCAUCAUCAGAGACCGAGACGGCUCCGAGGCGGCGGGGCUCUUCACCGUGGACGCCGUGACGGGCGUGAUCCGCACGCGGGCCGUGCUGAACCACGAGGAGCGCGCCAUCUACCGGCUGCAGGUGGCGGCCACGGACGCGGGCGCGCCGCCCAGGCAGACGGUGCGCGUGCUGCGCGUCGAGGUGCUGGACGUCAACGACAGCCGCUCCACGCACACCACCUCCAGCCUCGUGUUCCAGGUCCGCGAAGACGCCCCGAUCGGCUUCCAGAUCGGCCUGGUGGCGGGCAGCGGCACCCUGGCGGCCGAAGACGACUCCCCGCGCCACGUGACCUACACCCUGACGUCGCUGACCCCGGACGCUGCCGACGGCCUGGACGACAACGGCGUGGGCUCCAAGGCCGCCCCGCUGGACGUGGCGCGCGGCUCGGGCGCCCUGGUGGUGGCCGGCCGGCUGGACCGCGAGCGCGUCGCCGAGUACCGCCUGGAGGUGCGCGCCCUGGACACCGGGCUGGGGUCCUCGUCGCACCCGCAGAGCUCCGCCGUGUCGGUGCGCGUCGAGGUGCUCGACGUGAACGACAACGCCCCCACCUGGCCGGCGGACCCCAUCUCGCUGGCGGUGCGCGAGGACGCCGCGCUGGGAUCCGCGCUGUGGAACCUGACCGCCGUGGACCCGGACCAGGGCGCCAACGGCGAGGUGCGGUACUCGCUGGUGCGGACCUGGCCGCCGACGGACAACCCGCCCUUCGCCGUGGACCCGCUGACGGGGACGGUGACCCUCGCCGCGGCCCUGGACUACGAGCAGGUGCACGAGUACACGCUGGUGCUGCGCGCCACGGACAACUCCCCCAACGCCACGGACAGGCUGUCGUCCACCUUGACGGCCAGGGUGCGCGUGGAGGACGCCAACGACAACGCGCCCGAGUUCGUCUCGCCACGCGCUGACGUGGCCCGCGGCGCCACGGUAACCGUGCGCUACGCGGAGCGCGCCGGCGCCGUGCUGAGCCACCUGGUGGCCGUGGACCGCGACGCCGGCGACAACGGCCGCGUCACGUACGUCAUCUCGGCCGGCAACGAGGACGGCCGCCUCGCGCUGGGCUACGACACGGGCGUGCUGAGCCUGGCCCGGCCGCUGGCUCGGCCACUGGGCCCGGGGGAGACCGCCAGCCUGGCCUUCAACGUGACGGCCUCGGAUCACGGCAAGCCGACCGCGCGCCACGCGCUUAUCAGGAUGACGGUGGUGCUUCGGGGUGCGGCGGACGCGCCGCCCAGGUUCUCGCGGCCAGCCUACUCCGCCACCGUGGCCGAGGACGCGCACCCGGGCAGCUUCAUCGUCAAGGUGUCAGCCAGGCCCGCGGGCACCACGGGCAACGACGCAGCCGGCGCCAACCUGACGUACCACAUCCCCGCCGGCGCCGCGGACGACCGCUUCACCGUGGACCCCGCGCGCGGCAUCGUGUCCACCAAGGCGCCGCUGGACCGCGAGAGCCGCGACCACUACACCGUGCCCGUGCUCGCCAUGGACUCGGCCGCGCCCGAACUCCACGACGUGACCCUGGUGGACGUUCAGGUGACCGACGUCAACGACCACGCGCCGGCCUUCGCGUUCGGCAGCUGCUACGACGUGCACGUGCCGGAGAACGCCGAGGAGGGCGUCGUCCACUCGCUGGCCGCCGAGGACCCGGACCUGGGCGCCAACGGCGAGGUCUCCUACACCAUCACCGCUGGCAACGUGGGCAACAAACUCCGCCUAGACCCGGACACCGGCGAGCUGACGGCCAAGUCCCUGGACCGCGAGACGACGGCGCAGUACUGGCUGGUGGUGACGGCACGCGACCGCGGCAGCCCCGUGGCGCUGCAGGGCUCCUGCAACAUGUCCGUCGUCGUCCUGGACCAGAACGACAACGACCCCCAGUUCGCGCAGUCGCGGUACGCCGCGCAGGUGGCCGAGGACGCCCCGGUGGGCCACACCGUGCUGACGGUGCGCGCCUCGGACGCCGACGCCGGCGACAACGCGCGCCUCACCUACACCCUGGCCAACGAGACCCACUGGCUGUUCGCCAUCGACAACGAGACGGGUGCCAUCACCACAGCGGGCCCGCUUGACCGCGAGCGCCAGUCCGAGUUCAACUUCCUGGUGGUGGCUACGGACGGCGGCCACUACAACGCGCGCUCCCAGAGCGUGCCGGUGCACAUCAAGGUGACCGACGUCAACGACGAGCACCCCGUCUUCGCCAAAUUCCCCUUCUCCGCCACCGUGUCCGCGGCCGCGCAGCCCGGCCAGACCGUGCUGCGGGUGGCGGCCUCGGACGCCGACGAGGGCGUCAACGCGGACGUGCUGUUCGCCCUGGCCGACGGCGCGUCCGACAACGCCCACCGCUUCCGGCUGGACCCCAGCUCUGGAGCGUUGACGGUGGCCUCGGGGCUGGCGGCCGACGCCGGCCGGCUCUUCAGGCUGCCCGUCAUCGUGCGCGACAAGGGCAACCCGCCGCUCAGCUCCACCGGGCUCGUCGAGGUCCGCGUCGGCGGCGGCAGCCCGGACGACGAGGCCGCCACGCUGCGCUUCCAGAACACCACCUACACCGUGCAGCUGGACGAACACUCCCCCGCCGGCACGGCCGUGGCGCAGGUGCAAGCGGUCCGCACCGACGGCCGCCUGCAGCGCAUUGCGUACCGCAUCCUGAGCCAGCCCCGCCAGCCGCACCAGCCCCACCAACCGCGCGGCGAGGACGCCUUCGAGAUCCACCCGACGACGGGCAUGGUGCGCGUGCGCGACCCCGCGCGCGUGGACUUCGAGCGCACGCCCGUGAUGCGCUUGCUGGUGCAGGCGGACGGCGACGGCCUCAGCGGCUACUGCGAGCUGGUCGUGCGCCUGGUGGACACCAACGACAACGCGCCGCACUUCACGCAGCGCGCCUACGCGGCCGCCGUGUGGGAGGGCCGGUCCAAGGGCACGGCCGUGGUGCGCGUGGCCGCCGUGGACGAGGACGGCGACGGCGAGGGCCGCCUGCUGUACCACAUCGUGGACGGCAACCACGACAACGCCUUCGUCAUCUCGCCCGCCACGUCGGGCCUGGUCAAGACCAACAUCGUCCUGGACAGGGAGAUCCGCGACUCGUACCGCCUCACCGUCAUCGCCACGGACCAGGGCCAGCGCCAGCUCACCGGCACCACGACCAUCCGCAUCAGCGUGGUGGACGUCAACGACAACCGGCCCACCUUCCCGCCGCACUCGGUGGUGAGCGUGAGCGAGGCGCGCGCGCUGGGCACCGUCAUCACGGCCGUGACCGCCAACGACGUGGACACGCACCCCGCGCUCACCUACAGCUUCGGCCAGGUGGCGGCCGACGGCGAGGUGGCGGACGCGCUUGGCCAGACAGACGGGCCGUUCUCCAUCGACCGCUUCAGCGGCGCCGUCACGCUCACCAGGCACUUGGACUUCGAGGCGCGCCGCGAGCACCAGCUGCGCGUCCUCGCCUCGGACUCGGCCUACACCGCCGUGACCAGACUCACCGUCAAGGUGGAGGACGACAACGACAACACGCCCGUGUUCGCGCGCGCGCUGUACGAGGCCAGCAUGGCAGGCGGCGGCGAGGCGGGCCGUGCGUUGCUGACGGUGAACGCCACCGACCUGGACUCCGGCCGCAACGGCGAGGUGCGCUACUCCAUGGCGAGGGCCUACUCGAGCUUCUACGUGGACGAGCUGACGGGCACGCUGUACGCCAACCGCUCCGAGGACGGCGCCAGGGCGUUCCCCGAGGACGGCGGCGACGUGGAGUUGGUGGUGGUCGCGUCGGACCGCGGCGAGGACCCGUUGUCGGCCUCCACGGCCGUCAGGGUGCGCGUCGGCGACGCCAGCGGCGUAGCGCCCAAGUUCACUCAGGACGAGUACCGUGUUCACAUUCGUGAGGACGCCCCGCUUGGAUCCACCGUCGUCAAGAUCGGCGUGUUCAGCGCCUUCACGGCGGACGCGGGCCGCGACGUUGAGUACACCAUCGUGGACGGCAACCAGGCCGAGGCUUUCCGCGUGCUCAGCCCCAGUGGUGACGUGGUGCUGGUGCGGCCCCUGGACCGCGAGUCCGUGGACCUGUACAGCCUGCGUCUGGCGGCGGGCGGCCGGGGCUCGUCCAACUCGUCCUCGGCGUCCUCCUCCAUCCUGCUGCACGUGACGGUGGACGACGCCAACGACCACGCGCCGGCCUUCUCGACGGCCUCGUACGAGGCCACGGUGUCCGAGGGCGCGGCCGUGGGGUCCGCCGUGCUGACGGUGAGCGCCGUGGACGCUGACCAGGCGGGCGGCGCCAACGCGGACGUGACCUACGACAUCCUCUCCGGCAACGACGCGGAGCUGUUCGCCUUGGACGCGGCCUCGGGCGUGCUGAGCGUCAAGCAGCCGCUGGACUUCGACGCGGGCCCCACCAAGUUCGCGCUGGUGGUGCGCGCCGCGGACGCCGCUCGCUUCCCACCGGACGCACCGCUGGCGUCGCUUGCCACCGUCACCGUUACGCUCCGCGACGAGAACGACAACGCGCCGCAGUUCCCCGUCAACGAGUACCUCGAGCUGGUGGCCGAGAACGAGCCGGCCGGCACGGCCGUGUUCACCGCCCGCGCCGUGGACCUGGACCGCGGCCCGUUCGGCGCCAUCAACUACACCAUCGUGUCCUACUCGGACAUGGAUGACUCUUGGAAGCUGUUCCGCGUGGACGCCAGCACGGGGCUCGUCACCACGAGCGGCGUGUUCGACUACGAGGCGCGGAAUCGCUACGCGUUCACACUGCGCGCCACGGACGCGGGUGGCCGGUCGGCCAGGGUGAGGGUGCGCGUCGAGGUGGAGAGCCGCGACGAGUUCCACCCGCAGUUCACCGAGCGCACCUACCGCCUGGUGCUGCCGCAGGGUCGUAGCCCGCUGCCCGCCGGCUUCGUGCUGGGCCGCGUCACUGCCACGGACCGCGACAAGGGUCUGGACGGCCGCGUCGUGUACCAGCUCAACGCCCAGCACCCGCACCUCAAGGUGAACCGCACCACGGGCGCCAUCGUCGUCAAGAAGAAGCUGGACAUCGCCGAGCUCACAUCCGGCCAGGACGUGAGCCUGGUGGUGACGGCGAGCUCCGGCAGGCCGGGCUCGCUCACCAACAUGACGGUCGUGGAGAUGACCGUGGACGCGCUCGGGCUGGGCCCGGGUAGCGGCGCCACGGAGCACAACCUGGCGAGCAGCGCGCUGGACGCGAGCGGGGGCGCGGGCGCGGCGGGCGGUCUGGCGGACUGGGCGCUGGGCCUGCUCAUCGCCCUCAUCCUCCUGGUGCUGGCCUUCGGCGCGGUGUUCGUGUUCCUGCACGUGCGCAACCGGCGGCACAAGAAGGUCAACAAGCCCGCGCUGUCGUCCGGGCUGCAAGGGCUUCAGGGCCUGCAGGGACUCCAGGGCCUGCAAGGCCUGCAGGGCUGCGGGGCCUCCACUGUGGCCUCAGACACCUACGUGGACCCCAGCGCGUUCGACACGAUCCCCAUGCCGCGGCAGCCCUGCGCGGCCAGCCUGACGGGGCCCUUCGCGCCGCCCAAGUACGACGAGAUCCCGCCGUACCGCUCCAGCAAGGCGGCCAAGGCGGCCAAGGCGGCCAAGGGCGCGCACAACGGCCAGCUGCCCACCGCGGACCUGUCCGGCUCGGAGCAGUCCGGCUCCAGCGGCCGCGGCUCGGCGGAGGACGGCGAGGAGGAGGACGAGGAGAUCCGGAUGAUCAACGAGCGGCAGCGCGUCCGCGAGGAGGACACCAUCUCGGACGUGUCGGUGCACAACACGCAGCAGUACCUGGCGCGGCUCGGCAUCGUGGACACGGGCAACGCGUUGCCGUCGACUCACACCAGCGCGCGGCUCAGCACGUCGUGCUCGGAGCCGCUGGAGCCGCUGGAGCCGCUGGAAGCCCUGGACGAGGCUGACGCCGGCGAGGCCGACAUCACCAACCUGAUCUACGCCAAGCUCAACGACGUCGGCAGCGAGAUGAGCGAGCGGGGCAGCGAGCGGGGCAGCAGCGUGGCCGGCUACGGGGAGACGACGCCGCGCUCCGCCACGCACCAGCCGUCCAUGACGGGCUCGCUCAGCUCCAUCGUGCACAGCGAGGAGGAGCUCACUGGCAGCUACAACUGGGACUACCUGCUGGACUGGGGUCCCCAGUACCAGCCGCUGGCGCACGUCUUCUCCGAGAUCGCACGCCUCAAGGACGACGCGGACGCGGAGUCGGUGCAGGGCGCGCCGCAGCCCGUGCAGCCCCAGAUGCCGCCCAACAGGACGGCGCCGGGCCCGGGCGGCAAGACGCUGCCCCUGCCGCCGCUGCCGCCGCCACUGCUCACCAACGUGGCGCCCAGGACCAUCGCGCCCAUCGCGCCGAUGGCGUCGCCCUCCUCGCGGGGGUCCAUGGCGCCGCACGGCGUGCCCCACGGCGUGCCCCACGGCGUGCCCCACGGCGCCUCCUGCCCCUCCAUGGCGCAGCUCCUCCUCAUGCCGCGGUCCCCCAUCAGCCACGAGGCGGGGCUCGGCAUGGUGGGGCCCUCGGGGCUGCAGAUGGGCUUCAGCACGUCGAGCGCCAUGUCGCCGUCCUUUUCCCCCUCCCUGUCCCCCCUGGCGACCAGGUCGCCGUCACUAAGCCCCCUGUCGCCGCCGUCCCACCACGUGGUGUCGCUACCUAGAACUGUAACAGAUUCGGAACUUCGGAUUUAGCCGUGUGCGUGUGUGCGUGUGUGUGAGUGAGAUUGUGUGCAUGUGUGUGUGACCGUUUGCGUGUGAUAAGGCAGCCUGGAGAUCUGCCGCCCUUCCGUUACCUGUGACGUCGCUGUGUGGUGGUGUUGCUCUCAGAGCAAUGAGACCAGUAUUGAAAUGUUGCCAUCUAGUUGAUUUGUUUUCUGUCAGAUGUUAUACUUGUUAGCAGUGCUCUAUUUGAAACGAGCUAGAAAAAAGCUGCAGCUACCUUUCAGUAUUUUCAGAUAAAAAAGAGAAAGAAAUCCAUUUGAGCCAAUGUGUCAUUUUUAACUUUAACUGCUGAGAAUUUAAAGACAUUUUUUUAAAUGUCUAAAGCAACAUGUGCUCACCGACGGUACAUUAAUAAUUUUAUUCAAUUAUGUUUAUUUUGUAACUAUUUAAAGCAACCAAUUUCCCCUGGUUCAAUGCAAGCCAAAAAGAUUACAAUUUGUGAAUAGUAUUUAUUUGAGUGUCAGUGCCUUGUUAUUGUGAAAAUCUGUUCACUUAUAGUGAAGAGAUUGUACAUAUAUUAUGUUUUAGAUUGUUUUUGCAGUUGUAAAGACUGUAAAACUUAAUGCUUUAGUUUCCCACAAGCAAGUGUCAUUUGCCUUUUGACAAUGGAUACUUUUAUGCACUUUGUUCCCGGUGCUGAACUGAACUUCUUCGCUCAUACUUAAAAGAAGAGUCGCAUGAAGCUGAAUUAGCUUAACGACUCUAUAAAUGAAGUUGUUUGUGGGAAUUUAAAGCUAGCCGCAAGAGGAAUAAUUAAUUAGGUAUUUUCAAAUGAAGUGAUAUUUGAAUUGGACAUAGCCAAUGUUUUGUAAAAAUGUACAGUAUUGAAUGACUGUUGAUAUGAUUCCUCCUCUAUGUAUUAUUUUUUUAUUCAAAACAGUUGUUGUGAACUGUGAAAAUCAAGGCAGCUCCUGCUCACAUCCUCUUUCUUUGUCCUGUGAAGUAUGUGCAGUUUAAGACCUAAUUACUGCUUCCCUAUUUAUUUGAAUUCAUUGUUUUGGUCUUAAACUGAAGUCCUUCACAAAUACUGGUUUCAUUUUUGUAUUUUUAACAAUUAAUGAAUAGAACCUGAAAUUUAGGUCAAAAGUCUUUUGUGGUACCUUUGAAGUAUUUCUGUCUGAGACCAUUCCACAUGUUGAUCACCUACAACUUUUACAUAUAAGUGCCAUGGCUGAAAAAGCGCUUUUACACAAGUAUACGAUUAUUGUAUGUAUUCAUACUUGCCAUGUAGGAAUCGAAUUGUGAUUUGUUUUUGUUUAUCCUUUUUUUCUUUACGUUUGUAAGGUUUGAAACCAAUCAAACAACCAAUCAACAUGCAUUUGCUAUUUUUCCAAGUGCCAAGAAUGUUUUGUAUGAAUCAAAAUCUUGAAACGAGACUAUUUUUAUGUGAUUAACAAUGAGAACCAAUAAAAAUGUAUAUGUAUUUUAACUUCCGUCCAACUCUAGUACAAAAAACUCUGUCUACGUUUGUGUUUUAUUUCUUGUAAUUAAAAUGAAUAUGAAUGUUAUUGUUAUUGAAAUGUUCCUGACCUUUAUGUAAGCUUUAUCCUGCCAUGUGAUGCUACAUUCAUUACCUCUUUGAAAAUCUGAUUAUAUUUAUGUGGCCAACCUUCGGUCAUAAAAUAACUUCACUUGUACAGCAGAUAGUAUUUUAAUCACGUGGCUUCUUUGUGAUCUGUUGUCAUUCUCUAUUUAUUGUUUAAUUUUGACACUACGAAGCCUGUUUGCCAUAGUUUGCCUUUUAUAUUCCUAAAUUGAGUUGCAUGUAUAAAGACAUUUCCACUCUGUGAAAUAAACCUAUUGUAAAUAGAAAUAUGUACAUACAGCUGUUUUAGUAUAGAGGAAAUAAAGAAAUCAAAGAAU